CUGACAGAUGCCCGAGGGCGGGGUUUAAAGUGCGAGCAGUGACGCGAUUGGCUGAAGAUGCCAGCAGCGCGCUGAGCUGUGGUUGGUCAGAAGUAGAGAGAGGAGCUGUCAAUCAGAGAAAGGGACCGCCCCCAGGUUCAGAUUGCGGACUGCUCCGGGACCAGAACCCAAAACCUCUACUGGAUCUAUUAUUGAUCAUCGAUCGGUGUGAUCGGUUGGAUUGUUCGGAGGGGAUGUCCCGGCUGCUGGAGAGCAGGCGGCAGGACAGGAUGAAGGAAAUCAAUUUAAAGAACAAGGAGAAGGAGCGUCUGAAGGAGCGCGAGAAGGAGGCGAGGGAGCGGGAGAACAGGUACAGCAAUGGUCACCUGUUCACCUCCCUGACGGUGUCCUCCACCACACUGUGCUCCUCCUGCAACAGGAGCAUCACGGCUAAGGAGGCGCUCAGCUGUCCAGCCUGUAAUGUCACCAUCCACAACCGCUGCAGAGACAGUCUGGCCAGCUGCGCCAAGAUGAAACAGAGACAACAGAAGCUUGCGAUGGUGAGGAACAGUUCUCUGCAGAACGUCGCCAUGCGGACAAAGACUCCGAUGAUGAAGGAGCGUCCCAGCUCGGCCAUCUAUCCGUCAGACAGCCUCCGCCAGUCUCUGCUCGGGUCCAGACGGGUUCGCUCCGGCCUCUCGCUCGCCAAGAGCGUCUCCACCAAUAACAUCGCAGGGGCCAGCGAGGACUCUGUGGGUCUCAGGAGGAUUCUGUCUCAGUCCACUGAGUCUCUGAACUUCAGGAGCAGGACUUUGUCCAUGGAGUCUCUGACUGAUGACGGGGAGAGGUGGUGGAGCCCCCUGCUGGAGGAGCUGCAGGAGGAGGGCAGCUGCAUUCAGGCCGACAGCUGGAGUCUCGCUGUGGAGCCGAACUUCCUGCAGACGCUUCAUAAAGACCUGAUCAAAAAACAAGAUGUCAUCUACGAAUUGAUCCAGACGGAGUUCCAUCAUGUGCGGACGCUGCGGAUCAUGGAGGGGGUGUACCGGCGGGGGAUGCUGGAGGAGGUGAUGCUGGAGGCGGGCGUGGUUCACACCAUCUUCCCCUGUCUGGACCAGCUGCUGGAGUUCCACUCCAGCUUCCUAUCAGAGCUGCUGGCCAGGAGGACGCAGGGUCUGGCGGAGGGCAGCUCCACCAACUUCACCAUCCGCGACAUCGGAGACCUGCUGCUCAGACAGUUCUCAGGUCAGUGUGCAGACGACAUGAAGAAACUUUACUCUGAGUUCUGCAGUCGACACCCGAAAGCUGUGAAACUCUACAAAGAAGUUUUUUCUCGAGACAGAAGACUGCAGCAGUUCAUCAGGCAUGCCUGCCGCGGCCCGCUGCUACGUCGUCAUGGCGUCCAGGAAUGCAUCCUGCUGGUGACCCAGAGAAUUACAAAAUACCCCGUCAUCAUCCAGAGGAUCCUUGACAACACCAAAGGCAGCGAGGAGGAGGUGCAGGCUGUGAGCCAGGCUCUGCGCCUCCUGAAGGAGCUGAUCAGCUCUGUGGACCGGGAGGUGCUGGAGCUGGACCGGACCAGGAGGCUGCAGGAGGUGCAGGCCCGGCUGGACCUGCGGGCCCAGGCGGAGGUCCGGGGAGGAGGCGUGUUCAGGGGAGGGGAGCUGCUGAGGAGGAGGCUCCUCCACGAGGGAACGCUCCACUGGAAGGUCCAGGGCUCCCGGCUGAAAGAGGUGAAGGUCCUGCUGAUGUCAGACAUCUUGGUUUUCCUUCAGGAGAAAGACCAGAGGUUCACCUUCGCAUCACUAGACAAGUCUCCGGUGGUCUCCCUGACUAAGCUGAUCGUCAGAGACAUAGCCAAUCAGGAGCGAGGGAUGUACCUGAUCAGUGACUCCACCCCCCCAGAGAUGUACGAGCUGCACGCUUCGUCUAAAGACGACCGCAGGACCUGGAUGAGCCGGAUCCAGCAGGCUGCACAAAGCUGUCCGUCCAGAGACGAGUUUCCUCUCAUAGAGACUGAAGACAAAGCUUUACUGCGAAGAUUGAAAGCUGACAUCCAGCAGAAGGACAGGGAGGUUCUGGAGCUCCUGCAGGAGCGAGUCACUCUUUUUUCAGACCUGGUGGAGGCGACGGGUAGAGGAGCAGAAGAAGGAGGUCAGGAGCUCAGCACCUCCUCCAGGACCUCUUCCUCCUCGUCCAACAGGAACCUGUUCAGAGCCGACACUCCUCACGCUCCUCAGGCCGAGCCGCUGCUCACCACCGCCAUCUCUGAAGUGGACAAACUGACCGAGCUGCUGUCAGGAACCAACAUCCAGAAAUCUACCGUAACCAACGGCAACCAGGAGCUCAGCAACGGUGACUCUGGUUCACUGAACGGUUCUUUUGAGUUGAACAGCGGCUCUUCGAAGGACCGAAACGGGAACCAGCUGCAGCAAACCUUAAAUGAGGAAGUCCGUCAGCGAUUGGUCAAUCUGAGCACGCAGCUUCACGCCCUGCAGGCUGCUGUGAUUCGUCAGGACUCGAUCCUAGAGCUGUGUUUCAGGCCCGGCCCCGCCCCCAGCUCCACCCCCAGCUCCGCCCCCCGCCUCAAUCGGUCCAUGUCGCGGGACACGGGGCUGGACGCCGGCGGGGAGGCGGUGCUACUGAGGCGGCAGGUGGAGCUGCUGCAGGACGAAGUGACACGGCUGCGUCUGAGGGGGGAGGAGGCGGAGCCAGGCAGCAGGAGGAGGAGCAACGGAGAAACCGGUGAUGUCAUCAAGGGGGAACAGCAGGUGAGCAGGAGGCGUGGCAGCAGGGAGCUGGAGCCCCGCCCCCUCGCCCCAUUGGCCAGUCAGGAGCCUGACGACCAAUUAGACGGCGUCCAGGAAGGAAUGGAGGAUGAAGAGGAGGAAGUGGUGAAGAUCUCUCCUCGCUCUGACAGCCCCAGAGACCUGCAGGACAUCCCGGAGGAGAGCGAGUGUGGAGCAGAUCCCAGUUAACGUCUCGGAGACCUCUGCUGAUGUCACCGUGAUGUCACCGUGAUGUCACAGAGAGCAAGCUGAUCGCAGACUUUUUUCAAGGAAGUUGCAGAAGGAGAUGAUGAUGUCAUUUCCUGUUGAUGUUUUACAGAAGUGAACUUGUUUCGACCAAAUCAGACGAUCACAGCUGCCAUACUUUUGUUCCUGAGAUGUUUUCUGAAGGUCACACAGGAAGUAUAACCCAUGUGACCUGUUUACAUCAGUGUCAGGAGCUCCGCCCACAAUAGCUGGAGUGGGCGGGGUUUCUGUUGGGAUGGGUGGGGUUUGUGGCGGGUGGGCGGGGUUUGGGUGUUAAUGGGAGGUUCCCACCAUAAACUUGUUGCAGGAUAAACUUCAGUUUAAAGUUUCCGUCUGCUUCAAACAAAUGAGUUCGUACGUGGCGCGUCCUCAGGUGUGUUUCUACCUGUGCUGGAAGGCGGAGCUAAACGGCUGAUGUCACAACCUCUGAGUCUGUGACGGCGCCGCUCACUUUCAUUCAGCGUUUCUCUCGUUUGUUCCCAUGAAAACUGAUAUUUUUACAUGUUUGUGUGAAGAAUGAAAAAUGUUUUUUUAAAUCUUUAAUGUUCAGUUCAGGUGAAGAACUCGACAUCAUGCGGUUUCCAAGGUAACCGGAUAUUUAUUAUUGAUCAGAAUUUGUGGAAACUAAAAAUUAAAUCUUUAAUUUCUUCUUCAGGGCAAGAAAACAGUUUUUAACCUUUAUUGAAGAAGAGAUUCUUAAACUUUUACCUUCUUACUUUUAAUAAAGUAAAAUGUAAAACCCGCCCAUGUCCACACCUCCACCUGCCUGGCCAAUCAGAGCGCAACAAGAGCGUCAGACGCUCUCUGUGCUGGAGACGUAACCGCUCCUGUAACAGACGGGAGAGUACGUCACAUCCUGUGUUUGUUCUUUUUAAGCAGAAAACACACGUUUUAUAUUCUGAUAUCUAAAUGUUUCUUUACUGGAAACGACACAAAAUAACCAACAGCAACUAAACCAGAAACUUCCAGCUGGUUUUUAUAGUGAAAUGAGGAAAAACUUCAACUAAAUGAAUCAGCUGUUCGCCGUCAAAGACACCGUGUCCUGCAGCGCUUUCAACCUGAGUGACAGGAAGGAAAUGCAAACAGGCAUCCGACAAAAGGUCAGCUCGAAACGGCGCGUUGCGGCGCUGCGUCGUGACGCUGCGUCGUGACGCUCGCUCACGUCGCGUUCAGUUAGGACAUGUGUAAAGUUGGCGUGACGUCAGAUUGUUUCAGAAAGCUCCAGUUUGUUUGAAGCAGACGUAAAUGUUCAAAUAUUCACGGUCACCACACUACAUUACCCAGAAUGCCUUUGAUAUCACCAGGACACAGUCCCGGCCUGCUGUGUAGUUCAGAUGCUCUCUGACUCUGUCUGUGUUAUAAUAUGUUGAAAUGUUUUUAUAUCUUUGUGAUUAUGAGAAUGAAACAAUGUAAACUGUAUUUAUAUGGAAACAAACAGUAAACGUAGUUCGACGUUAGAAUUAGAUUCAAGUAGAAAAAAAGAACCUGAAACCAAAAUUCAUAUUUUUUAAAAUUGAGAAUAAUGUUUGACAGCAGGCGUGAACGUAGAAGUUUAUAUAAAGUUCACCAAAAUAUUUAGAGGAGGGCAGUUUGUUAGCUUGUUAGCAUGUUAUACUUGUUAUACAACAGGAAGCUGGAUCAGCCAAUCGGCUUGUUUGAUGUGCAAAGCUGCGCUGUACGUUACAGAGACGUGUGACAUUCAGUGAAUCAGCCUGAUGAAGAAUGUCUGACAGGAUGUGACGGUGGAUGUAUUAUAGGACCUGAAUACUGGACUCAAAGCCAAAUAAUCAGCUUCCUGCUGUAAAGAACCUGGAUGUUGGAUAGAGCAUGCUCAGUAGAGACUCCCGCUGUCCGAGCCAGCAGACUUCCUGUUGGCUGAUUGUUUACCUGAGUGAGAUAUAAUAAUUUAAUCAUGAGAUAAGACUUUAUUGAUCCCCAGAGGGGACGGUUGCAUGUUGCAGCAGGGCAGGAAACACGGAAACUGAUAAGAACUACGAGUAAUAAACACAACAAAAUAAGAAGUAAAUGACAUUCAGUCUAUUUACAAUAUAAACAUUUCAAUACGUCUCUCUUGACUUUCCAGAUGUUAUCAGACUGAAUGCAUCAAAGUCUGAUAAUAAAACGAGUCAUUUCACUUUUUCCAGCUGAGGGUCAGCUGUUUUCCAAUGACUGUGUAGGGAAAAUAUCUUUUGGGGCCAGUGUGCGUCACGUGACGGACAGGAAGCUGUAAUUACACGGUUUGGCUGUUUUGCCAAACUGGCUUCACAUUCCGGCGCUGAUCCUGCUGAAUACAUACAGAACAGUUUCUCCCACAGAGGCUCGAGGAAAGUUUUACAAAUAUAAAACCUUCAUAAUACAAAAAAAAAUAACAUUUGUUUGCAGCUGGAGGCGACCUGUCCAAACUUUUACAGACUUCUCUUAUCAUGGCGGCCUGCAGGGGAAAAGCUUCCUGCUGUAAUACUGAGAAUCGCCACCGGGGGGGGGGGGGAACUCUGGUAUCUUUUGGAUGAUCAGUGUGGGAGAGAAGUGUUAGGAUCUUUAUGAGGAGAACGACGGUCGCCAUGGACGCGGUCGCCAUUGGACACAACCGUGUGAUGUCCAGUUCAGUUGAUGCUGGAUGAUUCUGCUGAAGUGAAUUUAUUCCAGAAGCUGCAGGAGGAGCGACGAUGAUGAUGAUGAUGAAGGUGAUGAUGAUGAUGUCAGCUGGUUGAUCUUCGUUUAAGGAGCGGUGAAGAAGAACGUCAACAUCAGCUGAUAAAACUGAAACAAGCUCCAACACGUCUUCAGCUCAGAGAAAAACAACUCAUGUUUGUGUUUAAAAACAGGAUUGUAGCCGACAGGAGAUAUGACGCAACACUUUUACAGAUAUACAGUCAGACGUCCAAUCAGCUGCGAGAGAGUCGAGACGUUCUUCACACACACGCAACAUCCAGGAACUCAAGAUAAAAACAUUAAUCUCAUGUCAUUAAUGAGUGACUGUGUGUUUAAUAUCUCCUGUAAAGGCUUCAGCUCUUCAUCAGUACCAUGACGUGUUUGUGGUCGCUGAUGUUUCUAACCUGUUAAGUUAAACUGAUCAGGAAACAAACUUCCUGUUUUUCCAAAAAAAAGCUGAACUCAUCAGGCGUUUGUUCCCGGCAGGUUGAGACCGGUCCGGUCUGUCGUUGAUGCUGUAAUCUGAUGUCUGACAGCAGUUUGAAGUUCAGACUGAGCUCUCACGUCGUGGUUUCUGUAAAAAAAAACAAAACAAAAACUAAACUGCUGGAUUCAGAAACGCUGCAGAGUUUUACCUGAAAUGUAGUUUUUCCUCUCGGACAGUAGACAUGUUUAAAGUUAGUGUUUGUAUAAAGAUUUGAUCCGUUCUGCUAAAAAAAGAAGAAAACUGUAAAUGAUUUGUGUUUUUAAUGUAAGUUUAUUGUUUUUUUCUGUGUGUUCUUUAUAAAUCUCAUCAGCUGGACACGAUGCUGCUGCUGCUGCGCUUUUAUUUCUCUACAUUCAACUGUUCACUGUCCUUCAGUCUAUUCUGUAAAAACAAGGAAACAAGAAACACAUUUAAAAAAAAAUGCUGUUAUUCUCAUAAAGUUCAUUAUAAUGAACAGAUCAGACUUUCACAGAGACACUGAGAUGAAAAACAAACUGCUGUAUGAAUGAAAAUCAAUAAUAUGAGAUUAGAGAGAUGACAAUACACUAUAUUCACUACAAUACCUGAGACAAGUCCAGCAGUGUGUCUCUGUCAGUUUAUGUGUGAUAUGAAGUAAUAAUAGAUCAGAUUUAACAGAAAGAGGAAUUCAAAUUUGUAGAAAAAUGAGGUUUUUUGGACUAAAAGAGGUUUUCUUCGCUGUAAUCAUUCCUCCUGUUCAUACUGGA